CUGCUGCCGCCUAGGCUUUCUCUCAGCAGUGUGUCCUGCGCUGGCUCACCAGGCCUGCUGUGUGCUGGCCCAGAGGGCCGUUCGAAGAAAAGAGGUGGAGCAAGGGAGAAGUAGGGAGGCUGCUUCACCUGUGUGGUGCAGAAAUGAUGGUGGUGAGGGUGAUGCUGAGGUGGGUGUGGGCACAGGCCCUGCUGAUGGGCAGGUGUGGGUGAGGGAGAGGCCAGAGUUACUGUCUUGUGUGUGGCAGAGCAGCUGGGAUGAUGGGGCGGGCUCUCACGGGGAUGGAGAAAACUGUAGCAGGGAGAAAUCAGAGGUUAUGUUGGACCUGUCAGAUUUGAAUAGCUGCGAGCCUCGGAGUGACAGUGUCAGGUGACAAGCUGGUCGAGAAGAGGGUGGGUGGAGUGGGGACAGGAGUCUGUAGCAGUAGGGGUGUGUCCUGAAAUGGGUGCACUGGCCUGUGGAGUGACCUGGGGGGAUGACAGUUCUGAGGACAGCCCGGGUGAGGUGCUCCCUGGAGGGAGCUGCCAGGGGGAAGGGAAGAGACCCAGAGAGGUUGCCAUGGAAGCCGAGUGAGGACAGUGGCUGGAAGGAGCGAGUUUCUGGCUGCCAGGGCUGAGUGAUUUUAAUAGGAACUGCUGAGAAUCUGAAGCUUGGAUUUCUGAGGAUGAAAAUUCACACAGGAUGAUGUCAGACAAACUCACAGUGAUGGAGGCCCUCAUCCCUGAAGGGGAUUCCCUGAAGUCCAGGGAAGUCUGUGAACCCAGAUUAGGGCAGCUCCCAGGAGAUGCUGAGGGGCAGAGCCUGGGGAGUCCCCCCUCCCAGGACGGGGGCUUUAAGCAGAUGACAGUUACCCAUUGGAAAAUCCAGACAGGAGAUACAGCCGAGGCGUGUGGUAGGGCUGGAAGAAACCCUAUUCUGAACUCCAACCUUGUCAUACUUCAGAGAGAGCUUAUAGAAGAGGAGGCCCAUCCCUGUGAUAUUUGUGGCAAACGCUUCACAUUUAAUUCGGACCUAGUUAGACAUCAAAUUUCUCAUACUGGGGAGAAACCUUAUAAAUGUGAUCAGUGUGGCAAAGGCUUUGGUCAGAGCUCACACCUUAUUGAGCACCAGAGGGUUCACACCGGAGAGAGACUCUACGUGUGUAAUGUGUGUGGGAAAGACUUCACUCACUACCCACGUCUUCUCGAGCAUCAGCAGGCGCAUGUGGGAGAGAAGCCGUUCAGGUGUGCGCAGUGUGGGAAAGCCUUCUGUCACAGCUCAGACCUGAUCCGACACCAGCGGGUGCACACCAGAGAGAGGCCCUUUGAGUGCAAAGAGUGUGGAAAAGGCUUCAGUCAGAGCUCCCUGCUGAUUCGACACCAGAGAAUCCACACUGGAGAGAGGCCCUAUGAGUGUAACGAAUGUGGGAAAUCUUUCAUCAGGAGUUCAAGCCUUAUUCGACAUUAUCAGAUCCACACGGAAGUGAAACAGUAUGAAUGCAAAGAGUGUGGGAAGGCCUUUCGUCACCGCUCAGACCUUAUUGAACACCAGAGAAUACACACUGGGGAGAGGCCCUUUGAAUGCAAUGAAUGUGGGAAAGCCUUUAUUCGGAGUUCAAAGCUUAUUCAGCAUCAGAGAAUUCACACUGGAGAAAGGCCAUACGUGUGCAAUGAGUGUGGAAAGCGUUUCAGCCAGACAUCAAACUUCACUCAGCAUCAGAGGAUUCAUACUGGCGAGAAACUCUAUGAGUGUAACGAAUGUGGGAAAGCGUUCUUUCUGAGUUCAUACCUCAUUCGACACCAGAAAAUUCACACUGGAGAGAGGGUGUAUGAAUGUAAGGAAUGUGGGAAAGCCUUUCUCCAGAAAGCCCAUCUCACUGAACAUCAGAAAAUCCACACAGGGGACAGGCCUUUUGAGUGUAAAGACUGCGGGAAAGCUUUCAUUCAGAGCUCCAAGCUGCUGCUCCACCAGAUCGUUCACACUGGAGAAAAGCCCUACGUGUGUAGCUAUUGCGGGAAAGGCUUUAUUCAGAGGUCUAACUUCCUGCAACACCAGAAAAUUCAUACUGAAGAGAAGCUCUAUGAAUGCAGUCAGCAUGGGGAAAACUUUAACUCAACCCCAGACUUUAAGAAUAAAGAAGGUGUUCACUCAGAGGGACCUGCCUUGAAUAAGGCCCCCGUACAUUUGGGUGAGAGACCUGUUGGUCAGGGGGAACACACAGACAAAUUACAAAAUAAUUAUUCUUGCACUCAAUGAGCAAUGUUUGGAAAAGAAUGGAAUUCAGGUUUACGUGGCUUCAGAUUCAGAUACAUCAGAAUUCUAUGCAGCACAGACAGGGCUGCGUAGGGCUGUGCUGCCACCUGCCACUUUGCAGGGUUCUGGACUGGGCCCGCUUCCUCAGUGGUGAAUCUUGCCCUCUGGAGAGCCACGGGGCUUUACAGCUGACUUUGAGCUGAAACAGCAGGGGCAGGAGGGGACAAGUCUCAGAUAUUUAUGUUUUAUUCUCAGAUACAAUCCAUCUUUGAGUUAAAUCCCUUUUAAAGCAGAACCGUCUCUAAUCUUAUUUAGAAGAGUGUUACCUAGCAAUUUUGAUCACCAAAAAAUCAAGAUGGAAAAAGCUAACUUAAGCAAAACCAUGACGAAUUGGUUCCAUGUUGUCCUUAGGACGAACUCUAGCCUCCCAGUGUCCCCAUCGUGCCUGCUGACACCUUGCAUUCCCUGGUCCCUGGUGGCCCAGCAGCACCAAUUGCUUCAUGUUCCCCCUACACCAAGCUGUUUCCUGCCUCCCCCUCCCUUUGCUCUGGGUUGAAAGCUCCUCAGCUGAUCAACCCUAAUCAUGUUCAAGACUCACUCAGCAGCAUGUCAGGGACCUUGCCCUGAGGUGUGGCUGGGAGCCCCCGUCCUGGCUUCUGCUCUGUGCCCCUGUGUGCUGUGUGUACUUUGGUACAUGCAGUCACAAUUUUAUGUGCUGUCUCUUUGAUUAUACUCUCAGUUCCUGAGGACAAUGACUACUGUCCAUUCCUGGUUGGUCUGUGUGUCCCCAGUAGCUAGCAUGAAACAAUAAAAACACACCCCACAAUCUUUGUGUAACUGGCAUCUCUCUUGCUUUGUCCUUUAUAUGCUGCUAUUCUUAAAUUUUGGGAGUGCUUUUUUGUUGUAUUUUUGUUUUGUAUCAGUACAAUGUACUCUGUGGGCGGUCUCCUCUCUCUGAGUCCUGUUAAUGUUCUCUGCCCCCACGGCCCAUGCCCUGCCUGCUCACUGCUGCACUCAGAGGGCACUGCUGUCACUCGGGUGUCUGUGCGCCUUCCUGACCGAGUCAGGAGCACGGUCCAGGGCCCCACGUGACUCCUGUCAGAGCAGGCGCCUUCCUGACUCACCCGGGGGCACAGUCCAGGGCCCCACGUUGACUCCUGUCUCAGCAGUUCCAGGGCUGAGCUCAGCUGUUGCCAUUGUCCAUGCUCUGAGGCUUUCGAUGUUAUUUAUUUGUAAAUGUAUUGACACCUAUAAGGAACAGUCCUGAAUGUUGGGAGAGCCAGAAGAGGACACCAUCCACCUUGAAGUUGUGCACAGUGCGGUGGGGAGGUCACGAUCACAGUGUGACAUCCUGGAUGUGGGAGCAUAGGGAGGGAGGGUGUGAUUGGGCACAGCAGCUCUGGGGAGGUUACCCAGCAGAGGUGACUUUCAGCUGGGCGGGCAAGACUGGUGGACAUGCGCCAGUUAAAGAAAACUCCCCUGAGAGGGCUGCAGCGCUGAGGAGCGCUGCUCUUUGGCAGAUGUUCAGCAGCAGGAGGUUUCAUGCACAGUGGGGGACCACCCAGCAAAAUGGCCCCUGAGUUUCAUCUGAACACUAACCCAAACAACCAGUUUUAAAGUGAUAUAAAACCAUUUUUUGCCCUUCUAGGCAUAUUUUAAUUUCUUAAAUUAUAGCAGUCCUAGAACCCAUGAGGGGACAGAUAAUUAAAAAGGACAUCUAGUACUCCCAUUUUUGCAAAACUCACCAUAACUAGAGUUGUUGUAAGUGGUACAGAAGUAGUUAUUACCAGACAAUUUAUACCAACAUGAUUGAGGUUCAGUUUCCAUGUAAUAGAACACCUAUUUUAGGUGCCAGAGUUUUGAAGAAUCCGUACACUUUUGUAGUCAACCCCACCAUGAUAGGAAAGAUAACAUUUCUAUCACCUGAAAGUCCCCUUUGGCCUGGUCACAGUUACUGCCCCUCCAGCCCUGGGUGCAGGCGAGUUUUGCUUGUUGCAGAGCUUCACAUACAGGGACGGCCCAGUGUGGCCCUGUGUCCUGCUUCAUUCACUCCUGUGCUUGGACUUGCUGGUCCGGCAAUCCUUUGCUGACCAGUGUUCCAUUGUUGGACAAGCCUACAUUUGUUUAUUCACUCCAUGUUGAUAGAAAUUUGAGUUUGUGGGUGGCGCCUGUGGCUCAAAGGGGUAGGGUGCAGGCCUCAUAUGCCGGACGUGGGGGGUUCAAACCUGGCCUUGGACCAAAACUGCAAAAAAAAAGAAAAUUUGAGUUUGCAGUUUUUGCUUUUUAUUUUUUGCUCUUGUCCCAUAUUUAUUAAAAUGUUAUGGCACAUGGAAGAUAGAUUCAAACAGUUCCGUGUGGUGUUUUGAAAUUCAUCCCAAUUGUAGGAUGAAUUUCAAAGCUUCAGCAUUUCCUUAGUGUCAGGAUCUACUUCAGUGAUUCCUGAUCCAGGGCUGAGGCCUCAAGGACACAGUUGUCUCUCCUCUCCUCCUCCUGCAGCGUGAUAGCGAUGCCUCUCCCUGAGCCCCUCUGGAUCUGUUUCAUCAGGAGUGUGAUGUAGCCCGCUACCUCGUUGAGCUUCUUGCUGAGAAUGAUGGCCAUCUCCUGGCACACGUGUUUGUGUGAAGGUUGUUGCCCAGAUGCGUGUAGUACUUCUCCAUGAGGACCCCGGCCACCUCCUUUAUGGUUUUGGUGUGAACGUGGCCCAUGUUGGCGGGUCCUUGGUAAAAGAGCCCAGUUUUUGCUCUUAAGAAUAAAACUGCCUUGCUAGGAAGAGUAUGUUGCAGCCCCAUCCAUGUAGGCCUGGAAGAGGUAGGGUCUCCGUCUUUCUUUAAUGCUGCAUGGUGUUCCAUGGUGUACCUAUACCACAAUUUAUUAAUCCAUUUGUGGGUUGAUGGGCACUUGGGCUUCUUCCAUGACUUAGCAAUUAUGAAUUGGGCUGCAGUAAACAUUCUGGUACAAAUAAAAAAAAAAAAAGAAUAAAACUGCCAUGAGCAUUUGUGUAAAAGUAUUUGCACAUGUGUUUUUAUUUCUCCUGGGUAGAUAGUACUUAAUUGCUGGGUUAUAAGGUAAGUGUCUUAGUCCAGGCUAUAGCAAAUUACCAUCAACGGUGACCAAUGAACAAAUGCAUUUCUCGUGGUUCUGGAGUCGAGGAAGUCCAAAGUCAAGGUUCCCAUAGAUGUGGGUGCUAGACGUCUUCUCACUGCAACCUCAUGAG